GUAGGCAAGUUGCCGGAUACGAUGAAGGAACGAACGCCUUACCACUCUAGUGGAAGUGAUAGAUCACGAGGAAAUCUGGCAGCGGUCUUGGGUGGUAGGUUUCCACUCAUUCGAGAGACACACGCCAAGGAAUGUUCUCGUGAAUAUUUGAACUCGCCUCAUACUCUCAUUUUACUCCCGCUUUUGCUGCCAUUUCAACCCAAUGAAACCAAGAAAGCUGAGCCCUAGCUUACCAUCAGCAAACAAGAUGGCGCCUAAACCAACCCCUCCACUUCGGUCCCUCCCAAACAUCUCAUAUACUGUACUGGUGGCUAUGGUUCUGUCUCUUUUCAGUCAUGGUGCCCACGCGAAACCCGCUCAGCCGCAAACUGUCGAGCAUCUUGACCUCAUCUUCUUCGCAGAAAUACCGCUAAACUGUACCGGUUCUCAGAUAACCUGCCCGACCCAAUUGCAAUGCUCACCCCUUACAAUCCCCUACGUACGCUGUCCAGGCAUCCGCCCCAACACAUGCUGUGCAGUCCUUCCACCCUUUUGUGGAGCCAUGGCUUGUGACCGGGCUCAAGGGUGCGGCAGGGGGGUUGAGUUGGCACUAUAUACGGGCAUCAGGGACUGUUCGAUUCAUGGAGCAGGCUUCGGACAUUACUACUGUCAGCAACUCGAAGCCGUCGACGAAAAGGGUGGCUGCUGUAUGCUUGGCUUUGGGUCCAAUGAUUGGGAGGUUGACCCUGACGGCGUCAGAGGAGGUUGCAGUGCAGAGUGGUGGUAUCAUUCCCACCAACAAGAAAAACGACAUGGCAGUUUUGAUACCAGUAUACGUGGGGGACAACGAGAAGCGGAUGGUCUAAGUGAACAGCGGCCACAGCCCUGCGUGGAAGCGAGCGUCUUAGCAUUCUACGAUGAUGCUGGACUUCAGAGAGAGGUACAUGUCCCAAAUGGGGAAAUGGGCAGAGCCGGAACAAUGGUACUUCAGCGAAACUGGAAGGGCCUAUUGAAAGAGUUCGAUGAAUGGGGUGAGUCGUUUGAACAUUCAAAUCUGCCAUAAAUUACCGUACUACUUCCGCAGAGCAACCCCGAUGUCCAGCAAGUACAUCUCACCAGGCCCCGA